AGCUCUGUGUUUUUUGGGUGGUUUUUAAACAUAAAUAAAAGGGGUUUUGUCCUUGUCCACCAUUCUCCCAUUCCAUCCCAUCCAUCUCAGAGAGAGAAAACUCAGAAAGAAAGAAAGAAAAUAGAGCAAUUCAAAUUGUUUUCGUGACGUAAUUUCCAAUUUUCUCAAACAACUCACCAGCGAAUCUGAACCAAAAUUUCAUCCAAUUUCAACUGGAGAGAGAUUUUCUUAGAGACAGUGAAGAUCUGCAAAGAGUGGUUCAUUGCAUUUGAUGAGCUCUUAUUGGCAUGUAUGCCUGAGAUAUGGUGUUCAAAAAGAAGUCAGGUUAUGGUUUUAAUGGCUACAGGGUCCCUGUUAUACCAAGAGCUCCCAGAUCUGUAAGAAGGAGGGGUUUGCAUAAGAAGGCAGUGGAGGAUAGCGAAAUAUGUGCAUUUGAAUUACUGGCAGCUGUAGCUGGCAAGUUGUUGCAGGAGAGUGAUAGUUCUGCCUCUAGUUAUGCAGAGGGAGGAAAAGAUCAUCUUGGCAUUCAUAAAGUUGUUGUCAAACAUGAACUGGAGGGAGGUAAAGCAUUGAGAUCAGAGUGCAUUGAUCAGGGAAGCUGUUCAGAGGGUGUCUUUGCCUCUGGACUUGCAGUUCAAGAACGCAAUUCAAAGUCUACACUUAAAGAAUAUCCACAUGCUGGGAGUAAUUCUGUUUUAGGACGUGCUUCUCUUAUUACAAGUUCUGAUUUCUCAAAAAAACUUGGUUGUGAUGUGAAGUCCGAAAUAUGUGAAAGCAAGAAUGCAGCCAGUAUAGUAGAGGGAGGCUCCCCUCGUUAUGGGGAAUCAUCUGAUGGUAACAUGGAGAAUGGGAUUGAGAGACAGCUAGAGGUUGAUGGGAAACAGACUGGAGACUUCAUUGUGGCUAAUACCCGCCGUUCGAAGGAUCCAAUGGAAAUAUGUAUGAAUACUAAUGCUUUGGUUAAUUCAGAUGGUAGUGUACAGUUGCCCUUAUACAGGGAUUCUCUUCCUAAUGCUUCUUUUCCCAAGCAUGGGAAUAAUGUAAAGGUAGGUAUUAGAGAUGAUGACGAAAAUUUAGUUGGGUGCAAUCAACCUAGCACCAAGAUUAGGGCCUUCAGGCCACAAUCACGUAUAGGUUACCGAAGAAUAAGGAAAUUGCUGACAUCCAAAUACUGGAAAGCAGCUCCAAAAUUGAAAGAUUAUGAACUUCCUAAUACUGAUGGGGGAAUGAAGCCCGUUUACCGUAACAGGAAAUUCCUUUACUCCCGCAAAAGAUGUCAACAUGAAGCUCCUUAUAAGAGGAGGAAAUUGUGUAACUAUAACUCUACAGUUGCAUAUGAUAGGGCGGCAAGUAGUGAAAGCAUUUCUAAUUCACCUGAGAAGGGCAUGAAGGCAGCCAAGAAAGGCUCAUCUGGAAUCUUACAUAAAGCCAGUGGGGUGUCAUCUUCAGUUUUAGGUCAUCAAGCAUGCUUUCAGUCCAGGGAUUCUCAUGUGAAAUUCAGCAUUAAGUCCUUCAAGGUGCCAGACCUUUAUAUUGAGGUCCCAGAAACUGCAACUGUUGGUUCACUGAAGAGGAAAGUUCUGGAGGCAGUGACUUCCAUCCUUGGUGGCGGAUUACAUGUAGGUGUACUACUUCAAGGGAAGAAUGUCAGAGAUGACAACCGUACUCUACUACAGACUGGUAUUUCUCACAAUGACAACCUGGAAACCCUGGGUUUUACAUUGGAGCCUAGUUCUGCUCAAACUUUACCUUUGUCUCCUAAAGAUCCUCCUUUUUUGCUACCAUGUGGAGGACAUGAACACUUAACCAGGUCCCCAGGCAGUCCCAUUAUGGAUUCAGAUUUCGCUAAUGUGUCAUUUGAUCCACCUCUCGUGACUGAUUUGAAUAACCAUGGUGAGAGUAAGCUUGAAUUGGUUCCCUCUCCUGUUGUUGGAUUAAAAGACGAAGUAGUGCCAGAUUCCAGAGCCUUGGUCUCCAUACCCGCUGCAAUGAGUGCUGAGGCACUUGCUAUGGUUCCCAUGAACCAGAAAACUAGACGAUCUGAACUUGGGCAGCGGAGGACUAGGAGACCCUUCUCUGUUUCAGAAGUAGAAGCACUGGUUGAAGCUGUUGAGAAACUUGGAACUGGAAGAUGGCGCGAUGUUAAACUGCGUGCUUUUGAUAGUGCGGAUCAUCGAACUUAUGUGGACUUGAAGGAUAAAUGGAAAACAUUGGUUCACACGGCGAGUAUCUCCCCCCAACAAAGAAGGGGAGAACCCGUGCCCCAGGAGCUAUUGGACAGAGUCUUGUCUGCCCAUUCUUACUGGUCUCAACAUCAAUCCAAGCAACACAACAAACAUCAGGGUGAACCUCUUAAAAUUUCUUCGGAGGCCCCGAUGGGGGGAAUAGAUGGAGUUUGAAAGAGGUAUCUAAUUGUUAUGAAUAUGAUGUAAAAAAAUUGUGACAGGAACAAAGAAAAAGGAAGUGUAAAGUCAAUAAUUUCCAUGUAGUAUUCUCACACUCGCUGGGAAAGAAAUUUCUCACUCACAAUGAUUCAUUGCCAGCUCUCUCCUUGUGGAGACACUGGCACUUGUAAAUUGAUUCGACGGAAUAAGAGCAUUCUAACAGAAUCUGUAGGUGUUAUGUUGAUUUAA